GUUCUUUUCACUUUUCAGUCUUUCGGGACGAUUUCUAUUAUUUCAGAAACGCGUUUUUAAUUUGUAUUAAUUACAUAGAGUAAUUAAUCGUUAACCCUAAGACCCUAAACUAGUGACUUUGUAACCACAAGUAUUCAAAUCAAUACAAGAUGCCCAAAAAUAAAGGAAAAGGAGGUAAAAAUCGUAGGCGAGGUAAGAACGAGAAUGAAACAGAAAAGCGUGAAUUGGUAUUCAAAGAAGAUGGACAAGAAUAUGCUCAAGUUACCAAAAUGUUGGGAAAUGGACGUCUAGAAGCAAUGUGUUUUGAUGGUGUUAAACGACUUUGCCACAUUCGAGGAAAACUUAGGAAAAAGGUAUGGAUCAACCAAGCUGAUAUAGUAUUAAUAGGCUUACGUGAAUAUCAAGAUACAAAAGCUGAUGUAAUUUUGAAGUAUACGCCUGAUGAAGCUCGUAACUUGAAAACAUACGGAGAAUUUCCAGAAACUGUUCGCAUCAAUGAUACAGUCACAUUUGUUGACGAUGGAUUGGAUGAGGAUAUUGAAUUUGGAGAUGAUAUUAGCGAAGAUGAAGAAGCAGACAAUGCUGUUGAUAAUAUCUAAGUUUAUUUCAACAAGUAUCCAAGCUGUACGGUGAUAUAAUGUUUGCCUAAGAACCAAAUUAUAAUCCACUAAAAUACUGAAAUAAAUAUAUACUUAAAUAAUAAAAAAAA